GUCUGCCUCUAUAAGAAGGCGGAGUUUUCUCCCAGGGGUCCUGAGCCAAACUGGUGUUACGUAACUGAUACGCUGCUCUUCAUCCUGAUGUGGAAUCAACCGAAAGUUUACAACUCAAGUCGGGUCUGUGGUGAAGAGAAUAUGCACAAGCUUCGGCGCUGCGUCUGCAGAAGAGUGGAAAGUUUCUGUUUGGAGCUUGUUUUGAGACAAAGACUCCAUCCAUGCGUAAAACUAAUUUAAAGUGGCCUUAAGGACUGCCAGGGAUCUAGUCUUUGUUGGUUAAUGUUCAACUUUGGGAGAAAGUGGGAAAAAAAACUGCAAGGUUUUCCUGGAAGUUCUGACAUGGGACACAAGUUUUAGAUUUGAAAGUAGACGCCAUAGAGGACGGUCAUGGGCAGCGGGACGAGCCGAGGGAAGAGAGUAGCACCUGCGUGUGUCAGUGAGGUGAACGUGGUUAAAACAAACGCCACCUCACCCAAACAGGACAACAGUGCGUUUAAGCCUCUUAAAAUCCACGCGAUUUUGCGCAACGCGCGCAACCGUGCGCACCCGGACAGCCACAGCGAAGGGCACGACUCUGACUUCUCCAGAGAGGAGGAUGACAUCGACGCAGAGCUGGACACAGUUCUUGCAGAUUACGAGGAGCGAGACAGAGCUUCUGCGAAGAAGAAUCCUCCCAAGAAGGCUGUGAUUCGAUCCAAGACAUACGGACUGUGCCAUUUUAGUCAGGAGGACGAAGAGGAGUUAAGACCAGCUCCUCGGCCCCGUGCGUCUGGAGGAGACGAGCCACGUGGCUCACGAGGAGAAUCAAGAGACGUAAACAAGAGGAGCAAUGAUGCUUUCACACCCUGUAGGAAAAACACACCUGCGUCCCCAACUCAGCCAAACAGCUUUUUGACAAGAGGAGCUUUGUUGGAAGCGGUUCCCACAUCAGGACAACAAUCGACUUUUGGCAGCUGCCACAGCUCCUCUCUCACCAUGCCAGUCAUCCUGUACGAUGGAUCAGACGAAGAGCUGAUGGACACUAUUGUGAGAGAUUUUAGCUGACCCCCAGCUGGGAAUGCUGCAGGAAAAGAUGCCAUCUUCGGAAGCUGCUUUCAUGUGGCACAGCGGUUCAAAGGAAAAACAUAAAAAAAAGGACAUCAGGGUUUCUUCUGACAAAUUCCUGCCUCUCAGAAAGGCUUUGUUUGCUUUUAUUUAAGCAGGUUAUCCUGGGUAAAUUCACCUCUAUGUGUCUUUGAGUGAAAUCGAUGCACUCCAGGCCUUUGUGUCUACCCAAGUCUUAUUUAACAACAUGAAGCAGUGUAAUUGCAGUUAUAACAGCAGCUUGAACAGAUGCCAGGAGGAGAUCUUUUACAGAGCAGCUCUGUGAACAGACAUAAGCCUCCUCAGUUUGUUAUCUGCAGCAGUAAGGUGUCACUGUCACCUCUUUCUGGCUGCCAGGCCUCCAACUCAGCAGGCAUCUACUUAUUAGUUAGCUAUUACUUACUUUACCUUUACUUUUCUGUUAAUAAGUAAAUGAGAACACAGAAUUUCCCUGGUUGCUUCAAACUCUGCAAGGCACAUUCUUGAGACUGUAAAAUAUUCAAAGAAAGCAGAAGUUCUUUUUAAAGAGGUAGCCUCGAAAAGGUACGAGCCGGGAUGUUUAUUUAAGGUUUCCUUCCUGACCACAGUUCCAGCGUCUACUUCUCCACCCUUAUGAAGAAGGAAUGUGUGGUAACAGAGACUCUCAGUCAGACAGGCUCUGUUUGACCCAGCAGCUGUUCUAAGACAUUCAGACCUGAAGGCCUGCUGCCACCUAGUGGUAGAACGCAGAAGCUGUGCACACAAGCACAGCCCCUUUUUUUACAGUUCAGCUAGUAUUUUAACCAGAAGCAUAGAGGAAAGGUUUUGUAAUUUUGUUUUAUAUUGCAAAUAAAAUUCAACCAUUACUGUGUGAGUCAUGAUAAUGUGGGAAUUUUGCAUGAGAACAUUCUUUUGGUUUUAACUUUAGCCUGUUCUGCUUUAGCGGUUCUCAACGUGGGGGUUGUGGCACUAAUAAGGGGUCCCCAUAUGCCUUAAAAAUAUAGGAAUAUAUUUUUAAAUGAUUUCAAAUUGUGUGUAUCACCCAUUUUUAAGAAAAUCUAUGCAUAAAAUUAGUUAAAUAGAUGCAAAAGAAAGCAUGGCAAUUUGAUGAGAUUUAUGCUGGAAUUAAAGUAAUGUUUAAAAAAACUGUAAAAAGUAAAUCUGCACAUGGGCCAGCCCACAGAAUUGGCUUGGCCUCUGACAAACCCAGAGAAUGGACCCUCCAGUGAUGUAUUGAUAUUAUCGAUGUUUGAGUGUUUUAUCAGUAGUACUGGUGCUAGUGUUUUGGCUUUACCUCAGUUUGGAGCUGAAAGGUGUGUCAACCAAUUUUUGCCACUUGGCAUAAAAUUUUGUCCACAUUAUAGCCUGUUUCCAUCACUUUUUUCCACCAGUUUUUACCACUUUUAACCAAUUUCUAUCACUUUUAAUCUCAUCUCACCACCUUUUCUACCCAUUUCAGUCAGUAACACUCUCGUUUUACAUAUUAUUGCAAAAUGGAUAGACAGUCUCCUUGGUGGAGAAGGCUGUGCUCAGAAGAUAGUUCCUGGGUUAGCCAAGCAGCAUGCUUUGACUUUCCAGGGAGCACAUGGCUAGAGAUCCCCUUAUGGAUAGAAACAUUUAUGACAGUGCAUACUGAAUACAAUAAAAUCUGUUCAA